CAUUUCCUCCGAUUAGGUAUCUGUCUGCUGUACAUUCGCAGCAACAAUGAAAUUUAUUUUCUGCUUGUAAACGUUUAAUGCUUUUCCAGGUUCCCAAAAACCUAACUGGACUUGCACGUGAGUCACGGCAUUCAGGAAUUAUUAAUCGGUGCUCAAAAUCUGCAGCAAGCGCAAUCGCGUUUCGUAGUUUCACCAUCAUUUUCUGAAACUUUUCAGUUCUCCCGAAAUCGCGCAACGGGACGUUUCAGCUGUAUAAGUGGACUCACGACAUCCAUGCGUGGACUCGUAACUCGUAACAGUUAACCGGGAAUUUUUUGAGUUUUCCUUGCAGUUAAAUAGGUGAAACCACAAGUUUUAAACCUCAUAUUUUGACAUGGUGAUAAACUAUUAGGGAACACCAGAAUGUCAAUUUACAGGGRCUUAUUGUUGGCUGGCUUAUUUGCACUGAUUUGCUCAUUGUGCUCCGGGCUUAGGAAUGUACGUAUACAGGUACCAGUCGCUGUUUUGCGUGGAGAAGACGCUAAUUUGCAGUGUUUCUACGACUUGGAAGGCGACAAACUGUACUCUGUGAAGUGGUAUCGCGGCAGUUUAGAGUUUUUUCGAUACUCUCCAAGUGAAUUCCCCCCAAUAAAACAGUUUAAAAUUAGAGGACUUAAUAUUCGUGAGAAGGAUUCUAGAGACACGCAGGUGGUACUGGAACAUGUGAGUAAAGAGAUCAGCGGUAUUUAUAGCUGCGAAGUGACCGCUGAGCAACCUAGCUUUUUCACUGAUAUGCAGUCUGCCGAAUUAAAGGUCAUUGAYUUGCCGCGGAAGGACCCGCAAAUCAACGGACUGAAAACAAGGUACAAGCUGGAGGAAACCCUAAAAGCUAACUGCACUUCUGAGGGAUCACAUCCGGCUGCCAAUUUGACUUGGCGUAUAAACGGUAAAGAUGUGGAAGAAAAAUUUGUCCGUCAUCAAAGACCUUCUAUCUACAAUGAAGAUGAUUUAGUUACCGCACAAUCAACGAUCAAACUGAAAGUCAGUAAACACCUUUUUAUACAAGGAAAAAUGAAACUGCGAUGUUCGGCAACUAUGUACCAUCUAUACCAUAGAAGUUCCGAGAAAAGUAUAGAACUUCAAAAGAAAAGGCACAGAUCAUCCGAUGUUUGGUUAGAUGACAUUACGACCACUGACGCCCCAUCUGAACUGUGGGAAAUCCCAGAUGAACGACCACCACAAGCUACUGUGGAAUUCUAUGGUCCAGCAAGUCGCAGCUCAGCUGCAAAGCUCGCCAUGUUCACAAGCUCUGUUCGCAUCAUCUUGAUUCUUCGACUUUUUCUAGCGAUUCGGUGAUAACAACUUGACAGACUUUGUGACUUUACCUCUAUUCGAUGUGAUAUAGUUUAAUUAUGCGAAAUAAUUGUACAUAAAAUAUUCUUCAUAUAGUUUAACAAUAAAUUAAGAUUAACAUAUAACUUUCGUUAAGUUGCUAGCAUUUUAAGCCAAUACUUUUCAACCUGUGAAUAUACAGUGUAGUACCUACAUAAAUGUUGGAAACAAAAUGUUAGAAAGAUGUAAAUAGAAAAUUUAAACUUCA